AUGCCUCUUUAUAUCCAAGGCUCUCCUAAUCAACCUAAAAGUCCUCAAUAUCAUCAACUUUCCCCACCAUCAUCCAUCGAUCUGGAUGCCUUCAACAUGACAACGUUGGAUGAAAUUGACAUGCUGGGUUUCCAAGCUGAUUAUUUAAUCAGCCCUAGACCCCCCAGCUUGCUGUUUGGGUCUAACCCUACGCACGUCCUCAACUUUCUGACACGCUCAGAAUUGUGGAAUCUGCCAGCGUCAAGUAUCUUGGAAUAUGCAAAACACCACUCCCGAGAGAUCAACAACAUUAUCCGCCAUUUGGAUGAUGUCAUAUCGAAAAUCCAAGAAAUCAACAUGCCUCCUCGUUAUUACACUCCAUCGGUUUCUCAUUUGUUGACGUUCAACAAAGAACAGCUAAUCAUGCUGUAUGAUCAGCUACCCCUUCCAGUUAUUAUGAAGUUACGACACACAUCGCGUUAUUUCUACCAUACAGCCAACGUCUAUGUUUGUAACCGGGUCGCGUCACUGAUAUGUGGUUUCCGCCUUAGCUAUGCUCGAACCUUGAAGAAGCUAGACACAUACAACGCCGUUAUUGGUGGUUCGGUGGCGUUACUUCCCAUCCUGGCACGCAUCGACGGGUUCAAACCUCAUGACCUUGAUAUUUAUGUCCCCCAGCGCCAUGCCUUUGACCUCUAUCAAGACUUGCUUGAGGAUCAAUACGAGAUUACAGAAACGUGGUCCAAUGUGCAUCUUGGCAACCCAUGUGUAUCAAGCAUCCUCUUGUUAACGCAUCGCUCAAACCGUGACCUUUGUGUCAAUCUGAUCAUGACAUCUUCCCCUUCUCCUGUCGCCGCUAUCAUCCAUUCUUCUUCGACACACACUAUGAACUAUAUUAACAAGCAUGGCAUAUUUUGCGCCUAUCCAGACCUCACAUCCAAUAAACUUUCACAUUCGGUUGUAUCUCCUACACAAUCCCAGAUACUGGAUCUACAUCGCAUUAUUGCUGGCAACAUGGUUCCUAGAUUCAUCGAACAGAACAUUUUGGACCCACUCUAUCUUAUCUUCCGCACAAGGUACCGAGAACGCGGUUUUUCGUUUGAUGAAAAACUCUGGCCACAUGUCUGCACAGUGGAUCCUUCCUGUCCUCAUACUUCAAGGCACACAAGCGAUUCAAACCGCUUAUUCUUCUCCUUUGAUGAACACAUGGCUCUCCCAGUCGUUGUUGGCGCCCUAACAUUUUAUCCUUCAAUUCUACGAGAGAAGAAGGAUAAGGCUUUAUCGUAUGAGGGGUGUGAUAUUUGGUGGACUCUUGGAGGUGGGCCUUGCGAAAACUCUGGUCGUUCCUGGAUGCGACAACGUAUUGUAAUUGAUGCUUCUUUUCUUUCUUGA